AACAGCAGUCUUUAACACAGUGCAGCCUGCUUUCUGUGCAUUUGCAUGAGAGGCAACACAGGAUACACACUCACAUGUGCAUACUCGUAACCACUUACACACUCAAUCAUAUCUCAAACUGGAGUCGGAGUGAGGAAACAGAAUGUCAGGGAAGGAAGCGCUGAAGCCAGUGGGAAAGCAGAAUUUGCCUCAAGUCUGCAGAGCUCUUAUCUGACCUACUCUACACGAGGUCUCAGGGAGAAGUUUGGAUUCAUAAAAGCAGGCAAAUAUCUGAUGACAUUUUUGAAAAUAGGCCAGAACACAAAACGAGAAGAUUUUCGAUUUAGUUAAGUAGUAGAAUCUUGACUCGGAUACCACUCUCGGGAUCUGGAUUUUCAAACAGAGAAGACAUACGUAUGUCAGGAGAAAAUUCUUGAAAUCUCUUUGUCUCUGACUCCUCACCGCUCUCGAGGUCUUUGAGAGUCCCAGCAUCUGCUGCCACCAAUCAGCCGAAGGAGGACACAUCAUCAGGUUUACCACACACAUAGACCACAAGGAAAUAUGAGCCUGUCACGGACCGGGACACUGGAGAAGACGGAGCAGGCCCUCUCUGACCCAGGCUCCCCCUCCAGAGUGGGGUCAGGGGUUGUGGUGCCGCCUCCUUACUCUCUGGGCGGCAGCGAAGCCGCUGAACCCCCCCUGGAGUUAAGAGACUCUCUGGACUGCUGGGCAUGCUCUGUGCUGGUCACUGCACAGAAUCUGAUCAUAGCACUGAUCAACGGCGGGCUAGCCAGCAUCAUAUUUGGCACCAUCCUCACCCCUGCUCUUGUCAUGAUCGUAUUCGGCUUCCUGUGCCACUCCGCGGUGCAGCCCCAUGGAACAUCUCUGUAUUGCUCAGACGUGCUGGAUGACGGUGGCUGCGUGGCUCUUCUGGUUGUGGGCUUUCUGUUGCUCACCCCUCUGCUGGUCCUCGCGCUCGCCGCCUACUGUCGCCUGGCCCGACACCUCCAGCUGGGAAUGUGUUUCAUUCCCUACAGCCGCGCCGUCUACAAGAACCUGCCCCCCUCACGCCACCGGAGGGCUGAUGCUGGAGGCUGCUGUGGCCAGCAGGGGGCUUCAGAGAUAGAGGGCAAAGGUAGCGUGUGGGUGUAAGAGAGGAGAGGAGAGGAUUGUAUAUGGUUGUAAUAUGUAUCCCUGUUUAAUGAUGAGAGUUUGAGUCUGACUCUUUCUUUACUUUUGAAACCAAUUGCCACUGUCUUUCUAUUUCUAAAGCCAUUGUAAAAUAGCCAUCAUAUUUCAUCAUUUAUAGUCAAUAUUGCUUUUUCUAUGCAUUUCCAAUGCGUUGAAUGUAUUUUAUACCAUUUUACAAUAAAGUGUAAAUCGACCUGUC